AUGACGGCCCAGCACAGCGAGCGAGGAUUCGGGUGGACCGCAGCCAUCGUGUGGCCUGUGCCCUUGCUUUGGGGCGGCAGGUUGUUGUUACGCCUUGUUCAUGUUUCCAGAAGCGAAAGAGAGGUAGAGCGAAGACACGAAGCCAGAAGCGAGAUGAGCAAUCGAAAUAUCUGCUUCGACGGCAGCAUCAUACAAGAACGCGGGCGGCCCUGCGUGGCCAGCUGGCCCGGAAAGUACGAGGGAGCGUGGGAAUCCCUUGUGUCGCAGACCCAGCGUGGCGAGGUCAGCGCAGCUGUCGUCUUCCUCCCUUGGGGCAUAGACGACUAUGGAGCACACGACCGCAUCGCACUGGCUGAAGGCUUGCCGGGGACCUGCUGGUGCACGCCCCUCUACGGUGAAGAGAAGCCUUGGGGUUGCAGGUGGUUUACAAACUGGAGGCAGAACAUCGAAACGGCGGUGGAAUCCGGAGCAGAGCUGGAAGUCUAUUACUUCCCGAAUCGUGUGGGCAAGGGCAAGGUGAAGAGCUUCGAAACGGCAGGCGACGACAACCUCCAGAGGGAAGAGUUGAACAGCAGGCAAAAAGACUUCGAGAAGUCUCCGGAGUUCAAGCAGGCGAUGGACGCAGGUCUUGGCAACCUCUCCAAGGAGCCAGGUGCUGACGGAUCCUCCCAAUAUAGCCGUGAAGUGCGACGCCUGUUCCUUGCUUCCCUCUCGGAGACAGAAUGCGAGUUUCUAGCCACCGCAGAGGGCCUCGGCAACUCCCAGAAAGCAGAGGUCGCCUGGCUGGAGAAGAAGGGCUACACGUACUGGGAGGCGGACGUCUCGAAGUGGCUCCCUGGCGACGGAGAUGAACAGUACAUCCCAGCAUCUGCCGAACAGACGCAACUCCGCAGCCAGCAGAAGAAAGCUUCAGCAAUGUCACUCUCCAUGGUGCCACUCAUAGCUCCGGUCACUUGA